UGACUAUCGGCUAAGAUGAUACGCGCAUUAAUUUCGUUGCUUUUAGCAAGUCUCUCGAUCUUGCCGUCAGUGAUGUCGUACGCGAAAGUGUCGAGAAAUGGUCAGGAAGAAGCGGAAACAAAGGAUGAUUCGAAUUCUUGGAUCGUCAGCAACGGAACCCAGAGCGAAGGUAGGAGUAUCAAGAACAUCGCCAUCACUAUGGCCCCUGUAUACAUUGCACCGAAAAUUUCAAAUUUACACAACGGCGAGGCGACUAAUUAUUCUCCUGGUGGAAGAUAUACGACGCUGGACCACGAAAUGCUAGGGAAACUGAACGCUAAGAAGCAGAUCCAAGACAGAUAUCACCCAGCGCCGCUGAGUUCGUUCAAAAAUAAAGAACCUUCGAAGGAUGUGAAGGAAAGUCCAAAAGUUGUCGCUCGUCCGAGUAAUCCUCCCAGUGGACCGCCGUCUUCCAGUAGCUUCGACUUCUCGAACCCACCGUUCUCCGACAUUUACGAGUACAAACCACCAUCGGACUACCUCUCUAGUAAGCCGAUUUCAAAGCCGCCGGAUUAUCUCGGCGAUAAACCCAUCUCGAAGCCCCUAUCCAUGGACGAUUACGCGGAUACCGAAAUAAGUGACAAGCCCGAUUCUUACAAGCCCGAUUCUUACAAGCCCGAUACUUACCUGAUGUCACACGAACCCGAUUACUCGGAUUUCCCGGACGACGCGCCUUACAAUGGCAACCCGCCAGCGCCGAAACCGAUGAAGCAUUCCCCUCCUUCGGAUCAUCCUCCUUACGACGCGAACGACAACGACAACGACGAUAACGAUGCCUAUCCUCACCAUCACGAUUUCCAUCACGAGCUGAUUUACGACCACAUUCCGGAGUACCAUGAUCACACCGAGGAACCAGAAAUGAACGAUCAAAGGCUGGACAAAAGACCGUACUCUUAUUACUUCAUAGGCAAGAAGCUUUGGUACGUACCCUUGUACUUCAGCAUUUACUUCGUCAUCUACAUCGCCGCUCUGGUGCUGAAGAGUAUAGCAAGACACAAGAUCGCAUUCCCAGCUCACUUGGCAGAUGCGGUGGGUCAUCAUUCUAGGUCUUACGGUGAUACCAGCUGGUGGGAUUACGCAGGAAACGUACUCGAGGGUGUAGAAAGUUUUGCGGAAAAAUAUGGAAAGAUUUCUUAA